GAACACUCUCUUAAUAAAACCCAACUGAAAUGAGCACCAUAGGGUUGCUACAGAUGAACCUGCACCACGCGAAAUGAACAUCGGCUCCUUUCAGAAGGAAGUCGAACACUCUCUAAAUGAAACCCAACUAAAAUGAGCACCAUAGGGUUGUUACAAAUGAACCUGCACCAUGCGAAAGGAGCAUCGGCUACUUUGUGCAGGACCUUCGCCACAAAAGGACUGGCCAUAGCGCUUAUCCAGGACCCAUGGGCAGUCCGUAGGCAUAUAAAAGGCCAUCAGCAUCAAUCAAAUUUCAUCCAGAAGGACGUAGUCAUAAACUUGGUUAGUAACUGCAAAUCUAGCAAUUUACUAUUUAUAAUUGGUUGCGACGCUAAUGGGCAUGAUACCUUAUGGGAUAGUACUAACAUAAAUAGAAGAGGGCCAAUGCUUUUAGAAUACUUUAGUAGUAAUAACAUCAGCUUAUUGAACAAUGAUUCUAAACCCAUAUUAAUUAAUGCCAUUAGAAUUAAUGCCACUCUCAUCCUUCCUCCUGAAAACCAUGGAGAGACUCAUAGAUAUCUAUAUUCGUACAGAAUUGUCUAAAGUCAUCCUUUUCACAAAACUUAAAUCGCUUACUCCAAAGGGAAACCUACCAAAUUGGCUGUACAAAACCUAAUCAGAAAAAUUGAAAAGGCCCACAAAAACAAAGAAAUUGCGCUUUGUGCAUUUCU